AUGACUCCUCCUGCCGACCUCACUUCCUCAACGGAUCAACCCCGUCGCUUCCCGACAGUCGAAGACGAGACCCUCACCGGUGAAGCCAGUCAGACAGCAACGACCAUGUCGACCUCCGGAUCAUCUGCGGCUACAGAGGGGACAACCACCACCUCUGAUGUAGCAGCUGCCGAACCACCGCCUCAUGACAUUGCCGACGUCGUCCUCUCAUCGCUAUCAGAGCACACAAAGCCUCAGCCCAUGGACUCCGCUACCGGCAGCGCGGACGGAGAAAAGUCUCACCCCGGCUCUGCUAAGCGCAACACUCAUCUGCCUGCACCAGUUUGCAUUCAAUCUGGACGAGGCUACAUGUAUUUUCCACGUGCAUCGCUAUCAGAGCACACGAAGCCUGAGCCCAUGGACACCGUUACCGAAAGCGCGGACGCAGAAAAGUCUCACCCUGGCUCUGCUAAACGCGACACUCCUCUGCCUCCACCAAUUUGCAUUCGAUCUGGACACCUGCAAUACUACACCUCUUUCCCACGUACAUCACCAGAGCAAGUCUCUUCGAUCUUCCCAACUGAGCUUCCGCCGCGUCCUCCGCAGAAGCAAUCGUUGUUGAAGCGGUUGCAAGGUUCAUCUACGCGCCCUGCUCAGACCGACAAACAGGCGUCUCACGACCACACUUAUCGAACGCCCGACAUCGAGUUGGCUGCACCUGGUGAGACCGCGCGCUCUCACGAUGCGAACCGGUCUCGAAGCCUGAUGUUCUGGCUCCUGAUUAUGCUUGGAAUCUGUUUGAGCAGUAUCAUCGGGAUUGUCAUUCACUGGGCUGUGACCCGUGAGGAGUAG